AUAGGUGGACCUGCUGUGGACCAAUCGAAGAAGUCAUUUUUCAGAGAACAGAACCCCGUUUUCUUUCGGUGUAAAUUGCAGCCCUAAAGUCUGUUUCCUGAACGUCUGCGGUUUCCGUGUGCCCCAGCGGUCACCGCCAUGGACAGCUGAUCCCCCAGAGACGCAGCGCAGAGAGGCGGUGGGAGACACGGUCCGUCAGCCAGUGCCACGAUGAGCCUGAACGUCCCAGGACUGGUGGUGAUGGUGCUCUUCUACCUGAUGGUGCUGGGCACCGGCAUCUGGGCCUCCGUGAAGUCCAAGCGGCUGCAGAGGCAAAGCAAAGCGGACCGGACCGAGGUGACGCUGCUGGGGAACAGGGACAUCAACCUGGCGGUGGGAAUAUUCACCAUGACAGCUACGUUCGUUGGCGGCGGCUACAUCGUUGGCCUGACCGAGGCCGUGUACAGUCCAGAUCUGGGCCUGACCUGGGCUGUCAUGCCAGCGGCAGCAGCUAUGGCCUUCAUCAUGGGUGGACUUUUCUUUGCCAAGCCAAUGCGGGACCAAAAAUACGUCACAAUGAUGGAUCCGUUUCAGCGCAAGUAUGGAAACGUAGUGAGUGGCGUUCUGUCCGUGGCGCUGCUGGUGUCUGACAUCCUCUGGGUGACAGGAACUCUUAUUGGUUUAGGUGCAACAAUGAGCGUGAUCCUGGAUUUGUCCUACGCUCUUUGCAUUUGGCUCUCGGCGGCGGUGGCCAUUAUCUACACGCUGCUGGGAGGCCUCUACUCUGUGGCCUACACAGACAUCAUCCAGCUAACCCUCAUAUUUUUCAGCCUGUGGCUCUGUGUUCCCUUUGCCCUGAUGUGUCCUCACUCAGCAGACAUCACCACGACCGCCUUCAACUUCACCUACCAGGCCCCCUGGAUCGGGACCAUAGAGAGAGAAACUGCAUGGAAUUGGAUUGAUAAUUUUCUGUUAUUGACUUUAGGGGACCUGGGAUAUCAAGACUUCCACCAGAGGACGCUGUCAGCUGCUUCAUCGCACACAGCCAGGAUCACCUGCUUCAUCGCAGCUCCCCUCAUCUUCAUACUUGGAAUCCCAUCUAUUCUAAUUGGAGCAGUCGCAGCAUCAACAGACUGGAACAUGACGACAUACGGCUCCCCUUCACCAUAUGAGCGAGGUGAAACCGGUCAGGUGCUGCCCAUCGCUCUACAGCACCUCACCCCCAGCUACAUCUCCAUUAUUGGCAUCGGGGCAAUAGCUGCCGCCGUGAUGUCAUCGAUAGACUCUUCUUUGCUGUCAGCCGCCUCCAUCUUCACGUCCAACAUCUAUAAGAAUAUCCUGAGGACUAAGGCGAGUGAACGGGAGCUGCAGUGGGUGAUCUACGUGACCGUGGUGUUAGUGGGCGUAGUCGGCACGUCGCUCACCUUUCUGCACAGCAGCAUCAUGUUUUUUUGGAUCCUGGGCUCAGGCAUCACCUACACCAUCAUGUUCCCUCAACUGGUCUGCGUCCUGUUCUUUAAGAUCUCCAACGGCUACGGUUCCAUCAUGGGCCUGCUCGUCGGGGUGCUGUUGAGAGUGCUGAGCGGUGAGCCGGGUUUGGGUCUGCCGGUUCUUCUCUGCAUGCCAGGCUGCACUCUGGAGGACGGCGUGUACGUCCAGCGGGCGCCUGUCGUGACUAUCUGCACGUUGGCCACCUUCUGUGCGACUUUAUUAUUUUCCUACCUGGCUUCGAUCCUCUUGGAAAAAGGACUGAUCCCAGAGAAGUGGCAUGUGCUCAACGUGAACUCCCCCGAACCAUUAGAGCAGUUCCCACCGACAAGCUGUGACACCACCGAACAAGACGAGCAGGAAAAACCACCAGCUCAGAAUGAGACAGAAUUAAUGUUGAUCACAAACCAGCAAAACUUAGAAAGACAAACUAUAUAAAGGGAAGACAUUUUUUUAAACUGUUCCAUGGCAUCUCUGUAGUACUGCUCUCCAAGCUUGAAAUGUGUAAGAUGGACACAGGCACAUUAAAUAAUGCACGUCAGGACAUGUGUAAUAUGGCAAAUCCUGAUAAUAAAUGUAUGUCCUGUAAUUUUGGGGAGAUGAAACUUGCCUCGUCAAAAACAAGAACACAGUAAAAUCUUACUCGACUUAAUUUUUGAGGAGAACAAGCUUCUUACCAAAUUCCAUACUAAUUGUGUGUCAACAUGUUAUGAUCAGCUGAAACACUGUAAGACUUUCUGCUGUUGUGUUGCUAGCCCAGUUGCUACGAGCUGCAGUAGUACAAAAACGAUUAAUCGAUAACACGAGUGAAUGACCUUUCCCAAGAAUAUGUAAUUCAAACCACACAAAUUGUUGCGUUGCUGUAUGAUACUGUUGAGAUUGUAACGUUCAUAAACUAGCAGGACUCCC